CACCUUCCGCCCUUUCCCCAACCUCUCCUCGCCGGUGAACCAGUGUGGAUUGCUCCGUCGCCACCCUCCCCUAUCCUCUCCAGGGUUUCCCAGCCGGAUAGGAUGCAGGAGGUUCAGCACACGGUUCAGACGCACGGGACUAGACUGGCCAGAAAGCACACAUAUGACUGGGUCGUUCUCGUUCUCCUAGCCGCGGUUGUGCUCGUGUUGCACUACACUCCUUCAUUUACCCGGUUUGUCGGCAAGGAUAUGAUGGCGGACAUUAGUUACCCAGUGAAACAGAGUACUGUGCCAGCAUGGAGUGUUCCUAUAAUCUCUAUAGUCUGUCCUGUGGCUGUCUUCAUAUCACUGUACAUUGCUAGAAGAGAUGUCUAUGAUCUUCACCAUGCGACCCUAGGUGUUGCUUUUGCUGUGCUGAUCACCGCUGCUUUCACUGAUGUGAUAAAGAAUGCAGUAGGGAGACCUAGGCCCGACUUCUUUUGGCGGUGUUUUCCUGAUGGAAGGCAGCUAUAUGAUCAAGUGACAGGUGCUGUGAUUUGCCAUGGUGAGAAAAGUUUCUUAACCGAUGGGCGCAGGAGUUUUCCUAGUGGGCACACGUCAUGGUCUUUUGCUGGACUUGGAUUUUUGUCACUGUACUUAUCUGGCAAAAUUAAGGCGUUUGAUAGCAAAGGCCACGUGGCAAAACUUUGCAUCGUGAUUCUUCCUCUUCUUCUCGCUUCUCUUGUUGGAAUCUCUAGAGUAGACAACUACCGACACCACUGGGAGGAUGUGUUUGUUGGCGGCCUGAUUGGGUAUAUCAUGGCAGUGCUGUGCUAUUUGCACUUCUUUCCUCCUCCGUAUCACCAUCAAGGUUGGGCCCCAUAUGCAUACUUCCACAUGCUGGAGGAGCUUGAUGCUGGCAAUUCAAACAAUGCGCAGAACCAACAGUCUGCAGGUGAGCAUCAUCAUAUCGGAUUAGCCGGCCAGCACCAUAACGGGAGAUCGAGAAAUGAUUUGGAAUCUGGAAGCGUGUAA